ACUCCCUAGCGCCUUGCUCAAUGUCUUCAGGGACCCAGUUUUGUUGACCACAUUCUCUCAAUAGCUUCUUGUUGAUGACCAACAUGGAAGAAAGCAAGCUUAUCUUCAGCCUGGACAGCCGUAAUGACGGUCCCACAGUGGCUUUUUCCAAAGACAAACCAGAAGACAGGAAAAGCCAGCCUGACCUCAGCCUGGGGAUGGAUUUCGACUUGAACCUCAGUCACCGCUCCCAGCCCCCCUUCCUGCCUCACUCCCCCUCCUCCCUGGGCUCUUUAGCUGAUCUGUCAGCAUCAUCAGCUGACAUACUUCUCACCAGCAAUCUUGUCAAAUCCUCCUCCACAGAGCUGGAGCCGAGGGAGAGCAGCUCCCUGCGGGGGAAACCUCUGCUCAGCCUGGUCAAGUCUCUGAGCACAGAGAUUUCCCGCCGGGUCGAGCCAGAGGUUAACCUCUCCAAGUCAGACUCCAAGCUGCAUAUGCAUCCCUGGAAGCAGGUUACCCAUCCAAAAAUCUCAGAGGUCAGGUCUGAAGCAGGAGGGCUGUAUGAGGAUGAUGACUGGGAAUCUCCUCUUUCUGCUGGCGGCCUGCCUCCCCCUGAGCCCCGGGGCAGCUCCCUGAUAGCUGAGCUGGAGGACACACGGAGGAAGUUCUCCGAGGCCAUGCAGGAUCCGCUAAGCAUGCUGAGUAAGAUAAUGGGGGAGGAAAACUCUGGCAGCGCCAAGCAGGGGAAGGCCUCUGGUGCCGAAGACUCACCAACAUCCCAAGGCAGCUGCGGGAGAGAAAUGGGAAGUGAAGAUGCAGAACUUAAGUGCCGGAGGAGAGCUGAAGGUGCGUGUGACAGGCCACUAAAAAGACUCAGAAAAGCCUCCUUAACAGAAUCCUCUACACCCUUAGAACACCAUAGAAGUGACAGCCAUUUGGAAAUCCGCACUUAUGGAGAUGUGAUUCAGGUGGUGGAGCUCCAGAAUGGAUCCAGAGAGACACAUCAUAGAUCUUACGCCCAGUCUCGAGUCAGAGUGCCAGGAUCUUCGCUGCCUCUUCACUGGCUCUUCCCUGUGGGGCUUCUAGCUUAUGGCUUCUUCGUGCUGCCCCUGCCCUCCUAUGUGACUGGUCUGUCCGUGGGGGUUGCAUGUGGCUUCAUGUUGGGCCUGAUGGUGGUGUUCAUGUUUGCUCCACGACGUUCGUCUUCCAGUUGGAGUAAAUCAAAGACCUUGAACAUGGAUCUACUGGAUGAAGGACUCGCUGAUCGAGAAAUCCUAGAGGGUUGGAUGAAUGAGACACAUAGCUACGACCCUGAGACCUUCAACCCCUCCAUCACACACUCUGUGUACGUCACCCUGGAGGGCAGCCGGCUGCGUCUGGCAUACCCACGGGCCAACAUCCCCCGGUGGGCAGCGUUCGACAAGACGCCCCAGGAGGCCGUCUUUUUGCGUUCGCGCACUUACCAGCUGGCCAAUUGCAAGGUGUCUCUGUUGCCGCCUGGAUUGGCUCGCAAGAGGAUCUGGAACAGGAAGUACCCCAUCUGCCUCAUUCUGGCUGAGGGGGAGGUUGGGGAGGAGAGCGUGGUGGAAGGGCAGGGGGAGGAAGAAAGGGCAGAGAGAAACAUCGCCCCCGACCACCAGCUUCCUGUCACCUUGUACCUGUUUGGCCGAACAGGAAGAGAGAAGGAGGAGUGGUUCCAGCACUUCCUGUCUGCUUCCCAGACUGCAGCCACGAGCAGUUUGAGCGAGGAGGAGAACGCAGAAACACCAUGUGCUGGAGACACUGCCAAAGGAAGCACAGAGGAGCUGAAUGAGUUGCCAGGAGCCAUGAAAACUAGAACGCUUUUGGACUACAGCUCCUACAUGACGCAACUAAUUGGCAUGCAGAGCUGCAAUCUCACCCAGAGCCCCUGCCAGAGUGACAAGGGAAGCCCCACGACCCAAAAGAAGAUUCAGAAUGAAGAGCAUGGAUCUGGAGGUCAGGCUGGAGCUGAGCCCAGUGCUGGUCCAGGGGCAGAAGGACCCUCUGCAGAGGGCCAGCCCACCUGGGUCAACUCCCUGGUGGGGCGGAUCUUCUGGGACUUCUUGCGCGAGAAGUACUGGACCGAUCAGGUGGCGCACAAGAUCCAGAAGAAACUGAGCAAGAUCAAGUUGCCAUACUUCAUGAAUGAGCUGAAGCUGGCCGAUCUGGACAUGGGCACUUGUCUACCUCAAGUCCUCAGCACCUCCACACCUACACUGGACCGCAGAGGCCUGUGGCUGGAGCUGGAGGUGGUGUACACAGGCUGCCUUCAGAUGACCCUGGAGACUAAGAUGAACCUGUGUAAGCUGGGUAAAGAUGGAGAGGAUGAGUCUCACAGCGUUCCAGAAACCCAGCCAGUUGGCUCCAAGCCCAGGCUGUGUAUUCUGGCUGAUAGUGAUGAAGAGUCAUCCAGCGCAGGCUCGUCUGAUGAAGAAGAAGCCCCGCCCUCUGAGCUGCAGGGGUCUCUGGGAGAUAAGAGCUCAGGGUUAGCAGCUGACGGGCACACCAGUGGCAGCACCAGUAGGAAGAUCCUGAGAUUUGUGGACAAGAUAACAAAGUCCAAGUAUUUCCAGAAAGCCACAGAGAACGAGUACAUCAGGAAGAAGAUAGCUGAGGUGUCCAACAUGCCUCUGAUGCUCAGCGUCGAAGUCCUGGAGCUCUCCGGUACUCUGGCUGUAAACAUCCCCCCUCCCCCUACUGACAGGAUAUGGUACAGUUUCCGGGUGCCUCCCAGGUUAGACCUUCACGUGAGACCGACACUCGGGGAGAGGGAGGUUACCUUCACUCAUGUCACCGAGUGGAUCGAGAAAAAACUGCAGUGUGAAUUCCAGAAAGUGCUUGUGAUGCCCAAUAUGGACGAUCUAUAUCUGCCCCUGAUGACAUCUGGCCUGGACAACCCACCUGCAUCCCACCAGUCGUCAAUGCACUCCUCUUCCCACCAGUCCUCCACAGAGUCCCAGGACUACAUGUCAGAGUAGUUCCCCUCUGAGGUCAGAUGGAAAGGUGUUGAUGCAAAACAGCCACUGUGCAGCUAUUGCCUUGAAUCUCUAAUGGAUGCUUCCAGAGGGUGCUGCAGCUUGGUACGGGUUGGUGUGUAUCCUGAGUGCGUCAGGAUAGAUGCCUCCUGAGGACACGCUGAGACCUGGGGACUGUGAGAGUAGAGCUAAAGUGCCCCCUACUGUGAGGAUGAGUGAACUGUACAUCAGUGAGAGCACAUGAAACACAAAACAGACACUUUUUUACUUGAUGCCAACACUAAUAAAAGAUGCAAACAGUCGAUGUCUAAACUGCACGUCAAGACAAGGUGUUGGUAAUGACAACUGAUUGAAAAGAAAUACUGACUGAACAAACUAUCCAUGCAUCCAACAUGGAUAUGAUAAUGAAGAUGAUUGUGUUCCAAGGUACCAUGGUGCAUGUUAUUUUUGAACGGUGUUAGUAUGCUGAUGGAUUUAUCAUUGAUAAAUAAAGUCAAAAACGUUGAAUCUAUGUUACCUGUUAAACCUAAACUCAGUUCAAAUAGGAAGUGGUUUAUACGGAAGCCUUGAGAGGCAAAUGAGACAAAACAAAUUAUUGUGAUCAAUUGUCUGAGCGUGAUCCAAAUUGUUUGGAUCAUUGCCAGGAUCAUAUUUUUUAGGUUUCUUAAAUAUUUUUUUACUUUUGAUAAUGGGUAAAAAAGAAAAGGUUUGACUGUUUUUUUUGUCAGGAUAAUUUGUUUUGUUGUUAACCCAUUCAGCCACAAGAGGCAGAAGUGCACGACUAC